GAAGCGCCAAGAUGGCGGCAGCGGCGACUUGCAGCACAGGCACCAGGAGUACGGGGUCUAUGGUGGUGGCGGCUAGCAGGAACAGCGUCACCAGCUUCCAGCGGAGGGGUCCUAGAGCCAGCGGUACCGACAGCGGCUGCUCUCGACUGGUGUCCAUCGCGGGGACACGACCGUCGGUGCGGAAUGGACAGCUGCUGGUAUCAACCGGGCUCCCAGCCCUGGACCAGCUCCUAGGUGGAGGUUUGGCCGUUGGAACAGUUCUUCUAAUUGAAGAGGAUAAAUAUAAUAUUUAUUCUCCUUUGCUCUUCAAGUAUUUCCUGGCAGAAGGAAUUGUCACUGGACAUACUUUGUUAGUUGCAUCUGCAAAAGAAGACCCUGCUGACAUUUUACAGGAACUUCCUGCACCAUUACUUGAUGAUAAUUGUAAAAAAGAAUGUGAUGAAGACAUAUGUAAUCAUAAAACAGAAUCUAACAUUAAGAUGAAAAUAGCUUGGCGUUACCAGUUAUUACCCAAGAUGGAGGCUAGACCAGUAUCAUCUUCAAGAUUUGGUCACUAUUAUGAUGUAUCAAAAAGGAUACCACAAGAACUAAUUGAGGCUUCAAAAUGGCAUGGAUUUUUUCUUCCAGAAAAAAUAUCAUCAACUCUUAAUUUAGAACCCUGUUCUUUGAACCAUGGCUACAUAAAGCUGCUGCAGUUUAUCCAGAACGUCAUUUAUGAGGAAGGAUUUGAUGGAUCCAAUCCCCAGAAAAAACAGAAAAACAUUUUAAGAAUAGGAAUCCAGAAUCUUGGUUCACCUUUGUGGGGAGAUGACAUUUGCUGGACAGAAAACUGUGACAGCAAUCACAGUCUUACAAAGUUCCUCUAUAUGCUCCGUGGUCUCCUGCGAAGCUCUCUUUCAGCCUGUAUCAUCACAGUGCCAACACACCUUAUCCAGAAUAAAGCAAUUAUUGCUCGUGUUACAAACUUGUCAGAUACAGUAGUUGGUCUGGAAUCAUUUAUUGGUUCAGAGAAAGAAAUCAACCCAUUAUAUAAGGAUUAUCAUGGUUUGAUUCAUAUACGGCAGAUUCCUCAGCUUAAUAACUUGAUUUAUGAUGUAUCAGAUGUCAAAGACUUAGCUUUUAAAUUAAAAAGGAAGCUAUUCACCAUUGAGCGACUGCAUUUGCCUCCAGACUUGUCAGACACAGUGAGCCGCUCGAGCAAACAGGAUCUGGCAGAAUCCGCCAAGCUGCUGGGCCCAGGCUGUGGCAUGACGGCCCGAGGACCUGCAAAUACUAACACUAGACAAAAUAAAACUACUUCAAGAGGAAGCAACACUGCAAUCAAUUCCCUAUCUUUUAAAGAAUCAACACACGAAUGCGCAUACAAAGCAAAAGUAGGGGGAGAGCCCUAUUCAUUUGUUUAAGCCCAUUAUGAAUGUCAUUUCUAAAGCAUCAUGUUAAUGCUUUCCAAAGAUAGUCACCAUCAACACCACCAAAUUUAAGCAAUUCUAACUCUAAGUAUUUACACUUUGAACUUCAAAACUGAGCAGUGAAGUCUUUCAGAACCGAGGCAAAAAAAAAAAAAUUUUUUUUAUCAAUAAUAAAAAACAGAUGAGGUUUAUACUUGAGGAACAGAAAAGGGAAGAAUUUGUGUUUGGCCUUGGUGAGCCAAGCGUUAUACAUAGAAGAAAACCCUUUAAAAAAAAAAAAAAAUCUCGUUAACAUUAAAGCCCAGAGCAAAAAGAAGAAUAUGGACAGCAUUCUAAGAUGACAAACAUUCACCAAACAAAGCUGAAUCUUAGAAUAAUACUGUAUGAAUGACUCCUAGGAAGCCUCGUUAUGAUUUUUUUUUAAAGGAGGAAGAAAUGACUAUGUGAGCCACGUCAAGAAGCAGCUGCUUCCCAUUCAAGAGGGGGCACAGCUUUGGGGCGGGGAGGAGGGAUAUUCCGGGAAUUCAUUAUAGUAAAACGCAUUUGUUUA